CAGGAAAAGCUCCAGGACAGGUGUGAGGAAGCAGAGCGUGUGGGAGGAUGUGGUAUCUAAAGCAUGGCCUGGUCUUUUUCUUCUCCAUCCAUAACUCUGUGCUCUGGCUUUUGCUAAUUGCCAGUGCAGCGAGCACGGAUGCUCCAAAGAAGAGUCUAUUCUCAUGGAAAACAGGCAUGUGGGGUGGGUGCAUAGCCCCAGAGUGUGGCUCUACAGGCCUACAGGUUCGCUCUGUGUGGUGUGUUCACUCUGAAGGCUGGAGCACACACCAAUCCAACUGUCAGCUCUGGAAGCGUCCAUCUCACCAGCGCACAUGUGAAAAAGUGUGCAAGUGGCAGCGCCAGCUGUUUGAAUGGCAACCAUCUGCAUGGGGUCCAUGUUCUCCAACUCCUCCCCUGGCUGCUGAGCAGUGUGUGACGGCACAGCAUGGCUUACAGAGACGCACUGCGAUGUGUGUGCUUCAUUUGAACAGCACUACCAUGAGCUCUCACACAUGCAAAGCAUUUUCUCCCCCACCAGAGCUGGAGCGGGCGUGUCUGCUGCCAUGCCCACUCAACUGCAUCGUUUCAACCUUCUCUCAUUGGUCACCUUGCAGCCAUACCUGUGCUCCUGCUCUACAGCACCGUACACGGCAGGUGUUAGCCCCGCCUCUUUAUGGUGGAGCAGCAUGUCCAAGCCUUACACAGGUCCGUCCUUGUAGCCACAACACUGUCCAGUGUCCCCCCGACCAACAGAAACACAGCUACAGCUUGUGGGCAGGACCUUGGAGUCCUUGCAGACGCAAAGGUACAAUGCCCAGUGGAAGGACCACAGUGGACUUUAGUAAUAGUCUGAGUGGACACAUAGUGGUAAAAACAUCACAUACUGUCAAGCAGCAUACUGGGAAUAUCCACUUCCAGCAUCGCCACCAUGAUCACCACAGAAGCCUCAAAGGAUCAUGGGAUAUUCAUGUUGGCUACCAAACACGGCAAGUUCGUUGUACAAGAAGUGAUGGCAAGAAUGCCAUGCUAAGUCUUUGCGACCAUGUUGGCACCCCUGUAAACUUUCGCUCUUGCGUGAUGCCCAGAGAUUGUGAUGUUUCUAAUUGGUCAGCAUGGAGUCUGUGCUCUAAAACCUGUAGGACAACGGACCAAUCACCAGGCUUUAGGAGCAGGAAGCGCAGCGUAAGAACAGCUCCUACUGCUGGAGGAGAAGAAUGUCCUGACCUUGAAGAAGUAGAGACUUGUAACAUGCUGGAAGAGUUACUUCCACUUUGUCCCAGGUAUGAUUGGAAGGUGACGAACUGGGGUUUGUGUCAGGUCAGACCUCUCAUCGGUCAGCAGGAUCAUUGCCACAUGAACAGCAGUUUGCUAUGUGGAGGUGGGAUCCAGACCCGGGAGGCCUACUGUGUCAGGAUAUUUGACAACACAACAAUCUCACACAUGUCCAGACCUGUUGGGCAGAACUUAUGCUCCAAUCCUCCUCCAUCACUGAUCCAGUUUUGUUCCGUUCCCUGUUCUAAACCUUGCCAUCUCUCGCCUUGGUCACCCUGGGGACCUUGUAUCCAUGACAACAGUAUAGAGCAUCAUGGAACAAAAGGUUUCAAGUUCAGGAUGCGCUUUAUUGUCGAGGAGCCCUGGGGUGAGUCCGAGAGCUGCCCUCACGUCAGUGAAGCGAUGAAAUGUGAUCAUCCCGUAAGCUUCCUGUGGCGUGUGACAUCACAAGGACCCUGUAUGCCUCAGGAUGGAGCUUGUGGCCGUGGAGCCCAAGAGCAGACGGUGGAGUGUGUUACUGUGACAGGAGAGGUUGUUCCCGCUGAGCGGUGUCCAGGGGAUCCACCUCCACUCUGGAAAGCGUGUGAAAUGCCUUGUGUUGAUGAUUGUGUGUUGGGCGACUGGAGCUCCUGGUCCUCCUGCUCUCACUGCUGCUCCAGUAAACACGCGCAGGGCAAACAAACACGCUCACGUGUCAUUCUCGCACCUUCAGGACAGCAUGGAAAGGGAUGCUUGCCUGCACCUGUGCUGGAGCAGUGGAGAGCCUGUGGCACCCAGACGUACACAGUGUACUACUGGGAUGCUUCUCCAUGGGGACCCUGUACUCCAGACUCCGGCACAGACAGGAACAGCACAGAGCAGGACGAGGUGGAGGAAAGGGCAUGUGGCACUGGGAUCCAGACUCGCCGUGUGUCCUGCAGGAGAACCAACGGUGGACAGGUGGAGCCAAACAGCUGUCCUGAAUCAACCCGUCCAGACCAGACGCGUUCCUGUAUUCUUCCAUGCAAGGUCAACUGCAUCGUUACACCAUUUAGUGAAUGGAGCCCGUGCGCAAGUUCCUGCUCACCAAUGAAUACCACCAUUAGGACCCAGUCCCGACAUCGGAUCAUCAUUCAGAGGCCAGCCAGUGGUGGUCAGGAAUGUCCAGCGACACUGUACGAGGAGAGAGAAUGUGACCCGCAACCUCUGUGUCCAACAUACAGGUGGCAGACCCACCGCUGGCAUCAAUGCAUUUUAGUCCCUGAUUCAGUAAGACAGGCGGUCGGAAGCCAUACUGAAUCCUGUGGGCUUGGCCUGAAGACAAGAGCAGUGACAUGUGUCGGGAUGGACGAUGCUCCUGCAGAUAUGGCAGAGUGUGUGCAUUGGGCAGGGGCGAUGCCCAAUGCAGUGCAGCAGUGCAGGGUGACAUGCAAAGAUGACUGCAUCUUCAGCUCCUGGAGCAAAUUCUCACAGUGCCAGGGCUGUGGAUACUCACGCACUCGUACUCGUUCACUCAUAGGCCGCAGUAAGAAAUGGUGGCGCUGCCAGCAGGAGUCGCUUGUGGAGAGAGAAGCAUGUCCCUGCUCUAAGUAUCAUAUACAAAUCCAUGGACCAUGGUCUCCAUGCCUGCUCCCUGAGCGCCACCAACCUGUUGGCUAUCCAUUUACCAAGAGGGGCUCCCAUCUGGUUCAGAGGAUCACCCAAGCCUGGCGUAUGCAUGGAGAGGGCAAGGAGUGUGGGCAAGGGUGGCGCUACAGAGCCCUGGCAUGUCUGGACCAUCACGAGCAUCUGGUUAAUCCUGCUCUUUGCAACACCACCGGUGUUGAAGAGGAAAAGUGUGUAGUGCCGUGUCCUCUCGACUGCAGGCUGAGUGAGUGGUCUGCAUGGUCCUCGUGCACUGCCCCCUGUGGUGGUGGAGUCAAAGUGCGUGCUCGCUGGUUAAGAGAGAAGCCUUUUAAUGGAGGACGACCCUGUCCAAAACUGAACCUCAAAAAUCAGGUGAGAGUGUCUGAGGUAGUGCCUUGUUACUCUGAGUGCAAUCAGUACAGUUGGGAAGCUGAGCCGUGGUCUAUGUGUGUCAUCAACCCAUCCAACACUAUCAACAUCAUGAGCCAGACCCAGCCAUCAUGUGGAGAGGGUGCCCAGACCCGCAAAGUCAAAUGUGUGAGGAAGGAAGAGGACCGGCAAAGCAGCGUGAACGACUCUUUGUGUGACCAGGAUGAUCGGCCAAUCACUGCUCAAUCCUGCUUCCUGCCUUGCCCUGGUCAAUGCGUUACAUCAGAAUGGAGUCUGUGGAGCGAAUGCCCUAUGGGCUGUAAUGAGAAGGAAUUAAGAUGGAGGAGUAAAAGAGUACUGAGGAUGCCAGGAAAAGGACACACCUGCCCUGAGCUGAAUCAGACACAAUCCUGUGCCAACACGACCUGUCUGUCAUAUUCCUAUGCUUAUUCAGACUGGAGCAGUUGUCGACUCAGCGACAAUGCAGUAUGUGGCCAAGGAACGAAGACGCGCCUACUGAACUGCAUCGACAGUGCCGGAAAGCUCGUAGAACUCAGCAUGUGCAAGGAGUGGGCUCCUUCACGAGGGAAGCUGUCUGCUCCGUGUCAAGUGAGCUGUCCUGUUGACUGCCUGCUGUCCGACUGGUCACUCUGGGCCGAGUGCUCACACACCUGUGGAGCGCAAAGUCAGAUGACACGUUCAAGAUUAGUUCUACAUCAAGCGGGAGAAGGCGGUAGGCCCUGUCCCUCUCAGCUCUCUCAAACAAAACCAUGUCCUAUUAGGCCCUGCUACAGCUGGAUACUGGGAGACUGGAACUCCUGCAGCGUGGAGGGUGCGCAGUGUGGUGACGGGGUGAGGGAGAGGAACGUGUCGUGUGUGGUGCACUGGGGGUCCCUCUCCGGGCCUCCUCAUCCCAAGGCAGUGCAGGAGGAGCACUGUGUGGAGAAUGGACUAAGCACGCCCACAGGGACAGAGCUCCAUCAGCCCUGUUCCAUUCCCUGCCCAGGAGACUGUUAUCUGACCAGUUGGUCGCCAUGGAGCGUGUGCCAGCUGCUUUGUCUGGAUGGACGGAGCUUUGAGUUGUGGGGGCACCAGGCUCGAUCCAGAGCGGUGAUCGCCCAGGUCCCGGAGAACAAGGGUUCCUGUCCGAGUCAAGUCUAUGAAACACGAGCGUGCCAAAGAGGAACCUGUCUCAGUUAUGAGUGGGUCGCAGGCGAAUGGAAGGAUAAUCAGAGAGCAGUGUGGUGUCAGCGCUCAGAUGGAGUUAACGUCACUGGAGGGUGUUUUCCUCAGACUAAACCCUCCACUGUGCAUCAGUGCAAUCCACCAUGUACCAAGCCCUUUUCCUUCUGUACACAGAGUGGGAUGUGUGGCUGUGAGAAAGGCUUCACCGAGGUCAUGACCUCUAAUGGCUUCUUGGAUUACUGUACAAGAACCCCAGGGUCGGACUAUAAGAAAAUAAAUAUGAAGAGAAGUGAGGGACGUCUCAGACGCAUACACAAACAGAACGAGAGCAGAACCUGGACUCUACAGCCGCUGGGCCCAGAUGGGCGGGUCAAGCUGUGGGUGUAUGGACUAAUGGCAGGUGGAUUCAUCAUGAUCCUCCUCAUCAUCGCAAUGUCCUUUCUACUGUGCAAAACCCCUAAGGAUGAUCCAAACUCCAGCAGAGCUCAAAGGGCUUUGGCACUGGCCUACGAUGGAGACGCAGACAUGUGA